AUGGCUCCUCGAAUUCCUCUAAUGAUCUUGGUAGCUUACUUCGCCGUUUCGUUCUUCGCGCUGGCUUCUGGAGAGCUUGAUGUCGUGCUGACGAGGUACCAAGCCCCUGUGGACGCUCUGUGUCUGGGGAACAAUAGAACAGCUGCAUAUGGCGUCCCGCUGCUCCAAUCCACAAUGGAGGCCGCAAAUCUCUUGUCUUCUUCAGGAACCAUGGCCACAGACGCAGAAUAUUUAUACAUUGGCAGUUCAAAGCUAGCGAGUCAACGAUCUUGCCUACCUGACUCCCUGGUUGAUGUGUACAUCCAAAACUCUUCCGAUGGCGGUUUUACGACAGCAUCUAUGGCUGAGCUCCCAGCAGGCGUCCAGGAUUCGUCAUACGUCGUCUCUCUCGUCUCACAGAAUCAGGUCGCGAGCCAAGAUGUGCACCUGUGCACAUCAAAUGAUUAUCCACGUGAUUUGACUGUGGAGGGUGCACCAACAACACUUAGUGUCUCAAAACACAGCUCCAACGUCACAUAUACGGGCCCUGGAUUUCAAGCAACUCUUCCUUCAUUCAUUAGCAGUGCUGUUGCCUCGUACCUGUAUAAGAACUUCAAACAGAAGGCAUUCACUCAAGUCUAUGGUGCCAUCCUGGUGUUACACGACAACGCCAUGCUGAAUGCAUAG